UCCUUGCAAGCUGAGUCUUUGUGUGGACCACAAAACCGAUUUAACAGCCUCCAUUGUUGACCUCUGCAUGUUGGUAACUCCCUGGUCCCUUUGACAUAAGCACAUGAGGCUGGAACCUGACAAGAUCUCAAACGACGAAGGAAAAUAAGCUUUGAAUCAGAAGGAGAAAUGUUUGUCACCGUCCUGUUUGGAGAAAGCAAAAUGGAAUUGUUUAACAUCAACUGCAAACUGAUACACUUUGUCCACAAUUUAAAGGAGCGCUGUGGUGUGGACUUGAAUGAGUGUGUGGACCUGAUGAGCCGCAACGGGAGAGUAGUGAAUUUAGAAACCAAGCAACUCAGUGUGGAUCUGGCAAGUGGCCUGCUGGCAGAGAGACAGCAUUAUGUCCUCCUACAAGUUUGUCGAAAUGAUGAUGGAGACCAGAAGUAUAUUUCCCUCUUACGCAAUGUCAGCCAGAGUCAUCCGGAAUUAAAAGAGCCGCUGAGGAAAGUGUGCAACCCUGGCCAAGAGCCAGCCAAGAAGGUCAAUUCUGUACGGAGAGGGCACGCACGCAGGAGAGCUAGAGCAAAAACAUCUGUCAAUCAUGGGCACGGCCAACAUUCAUCCAGCACCCAUCUCGCCACUCAUCAUAUCUGAGCACUUAUCCUGCUCAGGGUCAUGGAUGAAGCUAACUCUUACACGUUUGUUUGUAAAUGUUUGUCAUGUUUUGUUUUCAUUAGUGAUGGGUCCGGCAACACCGAUGCGUCGGCGCAUGUGUCGAGCUCAUAGAGCGAAGUCCCAUUUCGGUGCGCGUAUCGCUUUUAAAAAGGUCACGUAACCGAACGAACAUCAGCGUCGUCUGUCAAGGAAGCGAGCCAAAGCUCCGAUAAAAGAAGUAGUGAUGUGCAUUCCACUUCUUUUAGCUGUGAGCUGAAUCUUUGGAAUCAGUUCACCCAAAAGAUUCGUUCAAACAAAUCGUUCAAUGAAUCCCCCAUAUCAUUGUUAGAAAAAUGUAUAUACGUAUAUGUUAUCAUGCGUUCUCUAAUCAAUGCUUUACCGCAAUAUUACUGCAAUAUAUGCUUGCUGUUUGGCCUUGCUGUUUUUAUGAUGUACGACAGAAGAGAGAGGUUACAGCUGGGUCAGGCAGGACGCAGCUGACAACUCAGCAAAAAGAAGACAUCUACCGAGACAGUUCCUUUUUAACAAACACCCUUUUGAUCAACAACAUGCCUCAUCGCUGUCUCGCACCCCCGAUGAACCUACAAGUGACCAUCAUGUUUCCUGAUUUUAUCACUGACAAAAAAGAAUCGUUGCUGAUCACUCAAACUCCUCCUCCCACUGUUCCAUAUCAGUAUGUAACACCUUGUGAUUUUUCUGCUUACGAGGCAAAGCCCACGUGCUUUCCCCCUUCCCUUUAGGGGCGUUUGUCUCACUUUGUGGGUAGGGCAAAUCCAAAUAAAAAGAGCAGGA